CCCCAGCCACACCCCGCGGCGUCCAGAACCUUCUAAUCCCCGCGCGGCCACGACCGCGCCGCGCGGCCUAGAACGUUCCAUUCCCCUCUUGGCAGGCCUCGGAAUGAAUAGCGUCAAGCCGGCGGUAGCCCCGGUACGAGUAUUUAUCACCGCCGGCUGCCACUCUCCCGCGCAGCAGGCAGGAGCAGGAGACGACAGCAAAUUCCCCGCCCGCGCUUGGAUCGGCUCUUAGGCAGCAGAGCACACUGUUCGUUCUGGACGUUGGCCUCUUUCAGUCGGUAGGUGGCGAGAUGGACCGGAUGCUGCCGGGGACGGUGACGGUGAAGGAGGAGUGGCCGCCGGAGGAGGAAGAGGAGGAGGAGGUGGUGGUGGAGGACGUGGACGCUCCGCGGCCGAUGGAGGGGCUGCACGAGGUCGGGCCGCCGCCGUUCCUGACCAAGACGUUCGACCUGGUGGCCGACCCGGCCACCGACGAGGUCAUCUCCUGGGGCCGCGCCGGCAACAGCUUCGUGGUCUGGGAUCCCCAUGUGUUCGCCGCCGUGCUGCUCCCCAGGUUCUUCAAGCACAACAACUUCUCCAGCUUCGUCCGCCAGCUCAACACCUAUGGUUUCAGAAAGAUCGAUCCGGACAGAUGGGAGUUCGCGAACGAAGGCUUCCUGAGGGGCCAGAGGCAUCUUCUGCGGCUGAUCAAGCGGCGGAGGCCGGCGCCGCCGCCGCCGUACCUCCAGGCGUCGCAGUCGCAGUCACAGGGGUCGUGCCUGGAGGUGGGUCAGUUCGGGGGACUGGACGGAGAGAUGGACCGGCUGAGGCGCGACAAGAGCAUCCUGCUGGCGGAGGUGGUGAAGCUGCGGCAGGAACAGCAGAGCACGCGGGCGGGCAUGCGCGCCAUGGAGGAGCGGCUGCAGCACGCGGAGCACAAGCAGGUGCAGAUGAUGGGGUUCCUUGCGCGGGCGAUGCAGAGCCCGGACUUCUUCCAGCAGCUGGCCCAGCAGCAGGACAGGCGGAGGGAGCUGGAGGGCGCGCUGAUGCUCUCCGCCGCCGCCUCCAGGAAGCGGAGGCGGCCCAUCGGCACCGCGCCGGCCCUGCUGGACGGCGGCGUGCAGGAGGAGGAGGAGGAGGAGCAGGCGGCCGACGACGAUCCCACCGCCACGCAGGCGCUGUUCGCGGAGCUGGACGAGCGGGGGACCACGUCGGAGCUGGAGAACCUGGCGCUCAACAUCCAGGGUCUCGGCAGCAGCAAGCGCAGGCAGGGCGGGGGCGGCGCGCGGAGCCAGCAGCGGGCCGCCGCGGUCGGUGGUGGCGAGACGGCGGAGCUGACCGACGACUUCUGGGAGGAGCUGCUGAACGAAGGGAUGAGAGGCGGUGCGGCGGCUGAGCUGUUGCCGCCGGAGAGGAGACGGCCGGGCUGGUACGUCGACGCGCUGGCGCAGAAGCUGAGCUCCAUGAGCAACACCACGGCGAAGUAGAGCUGGCGUUCGUGUCGUAGUCGCAGUUUACUCCUAUAUGACUAUAGUAAUACUAGAUUGAUUAACCCUCCGAUUCGUCCGAUACGCGUUAGUGAAUACUCCUAGUCAUAGCUCCAUUGUUGUACUAGUAUUUAGGAGUGCGAUCGUGCUGGUUGCAUGUGUCAUUUUUUUGACAAGGGGUUGCAUGUGUUGUGUGUAGUGUAGUGCUUAAUUGGUAUGUAUAUACCUUGUGUUGUAGUGAUAUAGCCGGCACAAGUAUAUUUCAGAGUCGCCGGGUCGUGUCAUUCUUAGUGGUAAUUGACAUUCUUUCUACUAUUAAUCUAUCUAUUACUCUCUCCAUCCUAAAUUAUAAGACA